CUCGUUGCUAGGGAAAGCUGGGUGACAGCACUCGAGUUUCACUUGUGCGAUUCAGAGGCUGUGAAUCGAACGCUUCGCAGCCGAUGCUGUAGCCGAUACACACGUUUGGGCCCAGGGAGAGUUCUAACCCCUCCUCAGGAAGGAGAAGCAAACUCCAGCAGUGUUUGGAACUGUUCAUAUCUUGAAGCUGGGGAAUCCUGAUCCUUCAGAAACCUGUCACUUCCUGUUCCUCAUCACGGGCUGUACAGCUGUGUCUUCCCCUCUUUAACUUGCACAAAUCCGAUGUGAUACACAAGCGUGGUUUGUCUUAAAACCAGAUACAGUGUCACCAGAUGUUCAGAAAUUGUCAUCUUUUUCUGUUGUUGGUCAUUAUUUCUGUAUUGAGUGUCCAUCAUCCAUCAACAGUGAAGUGGCUUCAGUUUCUGCACAGAAGACACUGUCCAGAAGAGCAAAAAGCUUUAAAAUAACUGUUUCUCUUCAUUGUAUUGCCUGUUUUUUUGUGGGAGAAAAGCCAUGAAGAACCGUUCCUCAUCUCCCCCUUUGCAUGUCCAUGUGAAUGAAAACACCCCUGUCCACGUACAUAUUAAAAAGGGUCAGAAAACCACACCUGCAAAAUGCCAGAAAAGGGAUAGCAUGAACAAGAGCCAAGCUGUCCGAAUGAAAACUAAAGCCCCCUGGAUACCUCCAGGCAAAAAGCCUGUCCGGGAGUCCACCUGCAAGUGUGAGGGACCAGCCCACCGCCUCGAAAGUAACCCCCUGGAUUCAGAGAAGAUGUGGCCAAUGUUGCACCUGAGUGACCUCUCUGCAGAUGAGGAGGAUGCUGUUCACUGCACAAUGAACAGAUAUGGGAAGAUGGACAGCCUGCUGAAUGCAAUGGGGACGCCCAAGAACAAGGCCAAGCUGCAGCUGAAGGAGGAGCAGCAGCAAAUGACAAAACGGCUUCUUGAAGAGCAGAAAGAAGAACUCAAUGAGGUUACACAAGAGCUGGUGGAAACAGAGCAUGAAAAUACAGUGCUCAGGCGCAGCAUUGAGCGCAUAAAGGAGGAAAAAGAUCUGACUGUGCUCCAGAAAAACUACUUGCAGCAGCAGAAAGAGAAUCUGAUGUCUAAACUCAGUGAGGCAGAAAGGGAUGGAGCAGCAGCAGCCAGGGAGAUCCAUGCUCUGAAGAAUACAAUUGACAGACUAAACAUGGAGAAACAUAUGAGCAGCUCAGACAUUAACAUCCUGAGAAGGCAAAAAGAGCUUCUGUUCCAGAGAUUGAGCACCUUUGAAGAAACUAACCGAACGCUACGAGAUCUUCUCAGGGACCAGCACAACCGGGAGAAGGAUGUUCAAAAGAUACUGGAGCGGCAAGAAACACUACUCAAAAGAUUGACUGACUUGGAUGCAGACAAUGUGCGACUGCAGAUGAGGCUUCAGGAGAAAGAAAAAGAAGUGGACAAUCUUACCAUUCAGCUGCAGGCUGAAAAGGACCAGACAAAGACAGGGUCUGAGCUUUUCAAGUCUCUGAGCACUGUGAAAGGCCACUUACAGGCACAGCUGCGGAACAAAGAAGCAGAGAACAACCGUCUGGCCACACAGAUAUGGACCCUAGAGCGUAAUGAAGCUCAACACGUGGCACAGGUGGAACAUAUCAAAGGACAACUGAAAGAACUAAGGCAGAAGGCAGACUCUGACAAAGAGGCCCUGAAGAAAACCAUCCGUGCCCUGAAAGAGCGGGCAGAGCGGAGCGAAGAGCGUGCAGAGCAACUGGCUGUCGGGCUGGCAGAAAAGCAGGACAGUUAUGUUGCUGAUGUGCUGUCUACUGUGGACUUAUGGAGGAGUCGCUACAACAAAGUAGUAAAGGAAAAGAAUGACCUGGAACUGGAAAAUGCUACACUGAAGAGCCGUGUUAAAGACUUGCUGGAUCAGCAGAUAAUCCUGGAGGACAAGACACGGGAGGACAGGGAAGCUUUGGUGGAUCAAUUGCAUCAACACACUACAGAGGCUGCUUCUCUCAAAAUGAAGAAUGAAAAGCUAAAGGCUAGUGUGGUCCCAAUGGAGGAAAAGCUGAACCAAGCACAGAUGGAAAUGCAGCAGCUUAAGAGCUCUGUCAGGAACUAUGAAGUGUUGAUUGAAACCUACAAGGCACAGGUAUUGAAGACCCAAAUGGAAGCAGAUGAUAUGGCAGCAAAACUGGAGAAGUGUGAUAAAGAGAACAAGACACUAAAGGAUGAAAUGAGCAAGAAGGCUGAAUUGACAUGUAAGCAGUUCCAGAGCCAGCUUGCUGAACUGGAAAAGUUGCCUGAGAUCCUAAAGAUCACAGAGACACAGCUAGCAGAAUGUCAGGACCAGCUUCAGAGUUAUGAGAAGAAGAACAUGGAACUGUCUGUCAUGAUUGCAGAUCUUCGGCAGCAGAUGGAACUCCAGGGGGACAAAAUGGAGAUGACAAGAGAGAGAUAUCAGUCUGCCCAGGAGGAGAAAAAGCAUCUCACCUUGAAGGUGGAGGAGCUAGAAAGAAAACUAGAGACAACAAGCGCCCAGAACAUGGAAUUCCUUCAGGUCAUAGCAAAGCGUGAGGAGUCGAUUCACCAGUGUCAGCUGCGGCUGGAGGAGAAGACGGGUGAGUGCAGCUCCUUGGCACGGCAGCUGGAGAUGGCUAUCGAGGAUGCCAAAAGACAAGUGGAACAAACUCGAGAGCGAGCAACAUCUAAAGAGAGGGCAGCUCAGUCCAAGGUGCUGGAUUUGGAGACCCAGCUGAGUAGGAACAAAACAGAGCUGAGCCAAUUGCGUCGGAGUAAAGACGAUGCAGAGCGCCGGUACGAAAGCCGCUUGCAGGAUCUGAAGGAUCGGUUGGAGCAGUCGGAGAGCACCAACCGCAGCAUGCAGAACUACCUCCACUUCCUCAAGUCUUCCUACGUCAAUGUUUUUGGAGAAGGUGCCUUUCCAGGCUUCCCCGGCCGUUCUUGUUCUUCCUCGUGAGGACGACGCUGUCCUUGCACCUCUGCUUUCAAGCACAAGAGGAGCCCUAUCUCAAAGCCAUACGUUAUUUAGAAAACAGGCAUUUCAGGGUCACUGUCAGGUAUCAUCUUCCUCUUUUCCUUGCUGCAUGGGCUGAUAAAAUGGUAGUGGCAUAUGCCCUUAGUUGAAGGUAUCAGCAAUAACAUAACACCAGAAACUGUGCCCCCAAACCAGGUGGUUUUGCUUGUAUGGAAAAGGUCCUUUUUGUCCUGUUAAGGUCCUGAUAGUUCCAGCUCUUAAAACCUGUCAGUAGUUCGUUGAGCAUUUUAGGCUCUUUUCAUUCUUCUCUUUUUCAUUCUGUUUCUGUGUUGGGAGAUCAUGUGGGCUUUUUUGUUUGAUUUUUUUUCUAACCUAUCGCCCAUUGUAUGGACACAUUGGAGGUCAGGAUGGUGGGAGAGGGCCCACCCACCAGAACUGUGAUGCUGAAAAUACCUUAAGUGCCUGGGCUGUACACAUAUGAGAGGUUCUACUGAACAACCACAGUGUUCAUAAACGGUUUUAUACCAGAAUUAAGGAUUAUUGGUUUGGUUUUUUUUACUUGAAUUUUAUAUAUUCCCUGAUCCUCAGCUGUUUUUUCUGGAGUGUGAUGCUAAUGUUGCACAACUGAUCUCACCCUGAUUCCCUGCACCUACAUAUCCCCAGGACUCAGCCAAAACCACCUGAAAUCAAAAGAAAGAUUGCUGUUUAACCUCAGUGGCACUUCAGUUGAGGUCUGAGUGUGAGUGGCACAUGAGUUUAGGCUGUGCAUGAAAUAUUGACUUGGUCUUAAGCCAAUUAAAGAGCAAAUAUGGAUAUUCAACUUCUCCAUCAAACUAGCCUGUAUCUUCUUCUGAAAGCUCAGGUCUUCAGUAUGUUAAGUCCCUGUAACUCAUGUGCUCUCUAGUGCCCUACUCUUUCCAGUCAUUUCUUAAGAGGGAAAAAACCCAUUGUUUUUACUUUUCUCUUUUAUAUCCUAUUUAUGUGUGAUGUGGCUGGGGGUCAGGAUUUGUCAUAAAGGUUUUCUAAGUUAAUCAGUUAUUGAGAUUUCUGUAAUUGUGUGUGUUUAACACUUUAACAGUUCUAAAGGUGCUAUGGUAAAACAAACAAUAAACCAAAC